CCGUUGUGCUCAUUUAUAGUUUGACAGCCACGUCAGUUUAUCAGUAGAAAAAACAUCGUCAUUGUGCUUGUUUUUAGUAGAAACAAAAACAUCUGCGAAAAGCAUUAAAAUUUACCCAGAUAUUUUUGUCACCAUCCCAAAAUGGUGUACAUAGAUCGCAAUGGUCGGGUUUUGGAAAAACGACCUUGGGACAUGGCUCGUGUAAUGGAGAUCUUCACGGGUCUAUGGCUCAUAGUCAUUCAAUUUUUCCGAACUCUGAUAGCACCAUUCAACGUUGAGAACCGCGGAAGUAACGGAAAUCGACGUGGUGGUGGUAGCAGUUGGGGUUCUGGUAGUGGAUAUGGCGGAGGUGGAGGAGGCGGCGGCAGUGGUGGUGGCUCCGGUGGUAACGGGGGUCUACGUCCCAAUCGUCGCAUAGGUCGGAUAACUAAUUCAAUGGAUUGUAAUAUACCUGGUGGCGGAUGAGCACGGUAAAGUGUCCAAGCAUUGUAGAUGGGUAGUGUUGUAACCACUUUGUAACAUCCAAAAGUGAGAUGCAAAAUCUAGCUUGAAGAGCUUCGAAUUAAGCUACACAACACUACUCGCUUGGACACAGCUGAACCCAUUGUCUAGUUAAUCCCCACCAAUAGACCAUCUGUUUGGACAAAGUUGUGAUUGUAGAUAAAAUUCUUCACUUGGUGGCACAUUCGUUGCCUUUAUGACGAUGCACUUGUAAACUCAACUCUGAGGGAAGUGUAUCUGACUUUUUCAAGGGGAGAUUUUAUCACUCGAACUUUUGCGGAUUGACAUUUAGUUGAAAUUAUAAAAUAACUUCUUUGUAUACCUGAUAAUGAAUCAAACUAAACAUAAUUUUUUUUAUUGAAAAAGAGGAUAUUAUUGGUUUAUUGGCAUUUUUAUAACAUGACUAAAUUGGAAUAGGAACUAACCCUUAUUUUCUGUAAACAUAACGUCUUGAGAUUCUACAUAUUUUUAAAAUUUCAUAUAAAUAAAACGAUUUUUUU